GACUGGGUUUAAAAAAAAAAAAAAAAAAAAAAAAAAAAAUAGAUAUAUAUAUUUUUUUUGUUCGUCGUGCGAAGCUAACGGGUAAGAAAGGAUUGUGUUGGGUUGAAACUUGUUACGCACAUACGCAGUCGGAUAGACGAGAAGAAGAUGCGUUUGUUAUUAUGGAUUAUAACUUUGACGUGGAAUCUGCAUACAGUAUACGCUGCUCAUUUUUCCCAGGAACCUGCAGACCAGACGGUGGUAUCCGGUCACAGUGUCCUGCUGUCCUGUGUAAUCUUCAACUACUCCGGGAUCGUCCAGUGGACUAAAGAUGGGCUGGCACUGGGCAUCGGAGAAGGGCUGAGAGCCUGGCCUCGCUAUCGGGUGCUGCGUAGCUCUGACUCCAGUGAGUACAAUCUGCAGGUGUCCCGGGCCGAGCUGUCUGAUGAUGCACAGUAUGAGUGCCAGGCCACUGAAGCUGCACUGAGGUCCAGACGAGCCAAACUCACUGUGCUGAUACCCCCUGAAGACCCCGUGAUUGAGGGGGGUCCUGAGAUCCUGCUGACCGCUGGAAUCCCCCAUAACCUGACCUGCCAGGCCAGGGCAGCCAAACCAGCAGCCACGAUCGUGUGGCAUCGAGAUGGAGCCAAGCAAGAGGGGGCCUUCAGCACCACGGAAUUGAUGUCAGACAGGAAGCGAGAGACGACGCUCAGCUUCCUCCCCAUCGUACCGACCGACGCGGAUAUUGGACGCGUUUUCACAUGCCACGCGAGCAACGAAGCACUUCCUGCCGGGAAAGAGACCUCUGUGAAGCUCAAUGUGCACCAUCCCCCGACGGUGACUCUGUCUCUCCACCCGCAGGCAGUACUGGAGGGAGAGAGAGUGGUCUUUACCUGCACUGCCUCUGCCAACCCUGAGAUCAUGGGCUUCCGAUGGGCGAAGGGGGGCGUUAUCCUGGAGGGAGAGGUGGGGAGCGUGUACGAGGCCUUCGUGGAUCACAGCUUUUUCACCGAGCCAGUGUCCUGCGAGGUGCACAACAUAGUUGGCAGCACCAACGUCAGCACCUUGGUCGACGUGCAUUUCGGCCCUCGCAUCGUGAUGGAGCCACGCCCCACCUCUGUGGACACAGGCUCGGACGUCACUCUGACCUGCGUGUGGUCAGGGAACCCUCCCCUCACCCUCACCUGGAUCAAGAAAGGAUCCAAUAUGGUCCUCUCCAAUAAUAACCAGUUGUAUCUGAAGUCUGUCAGUCAGGCAGACGCCGGUCAGUACAUCUGCAAAGCCAUCGUUCCGCGGAUUGGAGUCGGGGAGCGAGAGGUGACCCUGUCCGUCAACGGACCUCCCAUCAUUUCCAGCGAGUCGGUGCAGUACGCGAUCAGAGGGGACAAAGGAGAAGUGAGGUGCUUCAUCGACAGCACCCCAACUCCGGACAGAAUCGCUUGGGCGUGGAAGGAGAAUAUUUUAGAGUCCGGCACCCUGGAGCGGUACACCGUGGAGCGGGCGGAUACCGGCAACGGCGUCCUCUCCACCCUGACCAUCAACAACGUGAUCGAAGCAGACUUCCAAACCCAAUACAACUGCACGGCCUGGAACAGCUUUGGACCUGGAACUGCCAUCAUCCAGCUGGAGGAAACAGAGAUCGUUCCUGUCGGGAUUAUCGCGGGGAGCACGGUGGGGGCGUCCGUCCUCCUCCUUCUCUGCCUGAUCGCUCUGACACUGUUCCUGUACCGUCAGCGCAAAGGAAGUCGGAGGGGGGUGACUUUGGGCAAACCGGACAUCCAGGUGGAGACGGUCAACAAAGAGACGCACAACACGGAGGACGAUGCCUCCAGCAUCUCCACGGCAACCAGGAUGGUCAAAGCCAUGUACUCGCCUUUCAAAGAUGACAUCGAUCUGAAGCAGGACCUGAGGGACGACAACGCUCGACACACACGGGAGGAAUACGAGCUCAAGGACCCUACGAACGGAUAUUACAACGUGCGCGCAGCCGGCCAUGAGGACACCAGACCUUCCUCGCGAUCCAUGCUCUACACUGACUAUAGAUCAACCGCGGGACCCCCUCCGAACCCCGCCCCGGAGAGCAGGGGAGGACCGGGGGGGCGCUGCUAUGACCCCAGACCGCCCUCUCGACUGUCUCACACCAGUUACGCCCAGUUCAACACCUAUAACCGAAGUGGGGGGACUGGGAAUCUCAAUCCUGGGCUGCCAGGGUCAGAUUUUGCUUCUGAAUGUAGCGGGGUUCUGGAUACCGCCAGUCAAAUGUCGUACGACAAUUACCCCCCGACGCACGGCUACCCCCCCAGCACCACCACAUACGCCCCCUACAGGCUGGGCUUCGCAGCGCCAGCCAAUCUGGCCAACAUGGAGCGCUUGGACAUUCUGGGGCCCGGGUAUGAAGGCUUUCCGACGGGAGACGGGGGCUUGGGAAAAUACGGCACGGCCAACGCCCGCUACUCCUCCGCCUCCCAGCACUCCGAGUUCGGACAGAGGCACCAGCAGCGCAUGCAAACCCACGUGUGAGCUGAGAGGAGGCGGGCCUCCGUGAAGAUCGGGCGCGAGGGAGGAGUGGAGAGACGGCCGGCACCGGGGUGACUGCGCGCUCGCGUCUUCUGCAGGUGACGUGACCUCCCGGGAACGCGGGCGUCAUUCAGUCAUCGAGGAGACGCUUUUAUUUUUAAUCCAAAGACUAGGGGGGGUGAACUCUGCAUCAUCGACAACCGCUGCUGCUGCAGAGUCUCUUCCAAUAGGACCUCGUUUGUUUGACGUCUCAUCCCUCAGUCACCAGCGGCUGUUUUUCUCGGUUCUUCCCCACCUAAAACGAAUGCCUCGGGACCCCUAUUGGACGAACUAUUAGUCCGAAAAUGUCCUGAUGUCGUUCAUUUUAGAGUUUUUUUUAAAUCAGUUAUUCAGAGUUUUG